AAAAAUAUUUGAACGACUUGGCCAUCAAACUGUUAUGUUAUUUAGUUUAUUUGGACAGUUAUCUUUAUAAAAGUGAUGGACAUUCUAGAAUCGAUAGAUUGUUAUUCAUAUUUAAAUUACUCCCUGAUACUUCCAUCAUAUAUGACUCUUUGCUUCUCAUUAAUAACUUAAAUGAUAAAGAAAGAGAAUUCUUUGGCUUGAUCCUACGCUAUGUGUUAUGCAGAGAGAGACUGCCUUCAAUUUCAGAGCCAGUUGUAUACAUCAAAGUCCUUUUAUUGUUCAGAAGAUUAAAGCAAAUGAUUCAGAAGAAUCGAAGAGAAGCUGUGGUUUUCAUUGCAUCUGCGGUCACUCAACCACCUGACAUAACUUCAUGGUUAAUUUCUCUGUGUUUGGAAGAUGUCGAUAAUAUAAAAGAUUCCAACGUCGUUGAGCUUCUUUUCAACAAAAAUUUCAGUAGAAAUAACUUGCAGAUAUUACGAAAAGCUGUAUUAAGUGAAGAACAUUUAGCUUGGAUGGAAAAAUUACAAAAUAUUAAAACAAAUCUGUUGAGUUCAUCUAUCACUAACAUUCAAACUGCAAAAGGCAGGAAAAUUUCUAAGAGCAAAGGUCAAAAUAAGAGAAGUGAAAAAAAGUGUAAAAAGGAUGUUAACAAAAAAGUUAAACCCAAAGGUAAAUCUUCAAAAAUGAAAAGCAAAACUGCUUCAGAUGAUCUUCCAAAAAGAAAAAGAAAAAAAGCUAAACUGCAUAAGAAAGAAAAGCUUUCCAAAAGUGACAAAAAAGAAAGUACACGUAAAACAAGAAAAAGCAGCAAAGCCAAACUAAAAAUGCUUUCAAACAAUAAAAUCAAACAUGAAAUUUCUGAUUCUAGAAAGGAAACAAAAUCUGAACGGUUAGAUCUUGAUCAAGACAAAGGAAAAAAACAGAUUGCCUCUGAUUGUGAAAAUGAAGACCAAAAUUCUAUGGAAUGUGACAGUAUGAAGAAGUUAGAACCAUCACUUUCAAAAGAAGAAUGUCAACUCAACCAAUGUACUGUCAUUAACAGCGAGCCAUCUUCUGCACUUAGCAAUGGUGUGGACAAACCAGAAUUGUCUACUUCGGAAGGCAUAUGUAAAUUGAACCUAUCUGUGCUUGAUAAUAAUAAACCUUCCUUUGUUGAGAGUGCUGAAACUGUGAAUUCCAUCAAUGAUAUUAAUGAAUCAGAGUUAUCCUCUUCAAAAGCUCCAUGCCAGUUAAAUCUAUCCACUGUGGAUAGUUUUGGCCAAUAUGAAAAUGAUCUUGGUAGCUCAUUAGAUGUAAUAAAUGAAACAGAAUUGCUCUGCCUUCAGGAAUCCUGUCAUUUUACCCAAGCUGUUACAAAUGAUAGAAGAAAUGAAUCUGAAAUGUCCAUAAAUAUGCCGACUAUUAUUUCUGAAUUGGAUGAUAGACAAAAUGAAUCUGUGACUGAAAUUCCUAAAAGUAUGCCAGUUCUAGUUCCAGAAUCACUUGAGAAUAAUGCAGAUGAUACUUCCUGUACUGUUGGCAUGGCAACAGUUGCUGAUUUAAUACAAUCUGAAGGAAAGGAUUGCCAAGCUGAUAAAUUAAUAAUGAAUUCCAAUGACUAUUUUACCACAGUUGAAAAUUACCUUUUAGAUGAAAGAAACCUUUGUGAUGCUUCAUGUUCUACAAACUGUGAAAAGGCAUCAGAAGCAAUACAAACAGUAGAAAAGCAGUUUGACGAAAAAAGUUGCCAAACUGAUGAGCUAAUUAUGAAUUCUAAUGAAUAUUUUAUGACUGCUGGAAAUAAUAUUUUGCAUGAAGAAAACCAAAUCAAUGCUUCAUGUUCUGAAAACGAUGCAAAUGCAUUGUCAAUCAGUGAGGUAGGUUUUAAUUCAUAA